UGUCGUAAAAAAAACAAAGCAGAUCCCGACUCGCAGACGACGACACCUCUUCUCUUCUUUUCUCAGAUUUUCAGACGAGAACUUCUCUUCUCUUCUUGGUCAGACUCUCUCAGAGAGACAGAGACCUCAGUCAAACACUCUAUUCUACGUUUUUCUAUACACACUCAUAAUUCCUGAUUUUUCAAAACAAACUCAUAAUUCCUGAUAUAUCUCAGAAAUCAAUCCAGAAAAUAUGGGGAGGGCGUCGGUAUUGAUAUACAUCACCAUAGCACUCCUGGUGUUGCUGCUCAUCUCCUGGUCCCCCAAGAAACCCGCCAACCACCGCCACCGCCGCCUCAAGCUCCGCUCCAACUUCACUUUCGCUCCUCCCCUCCACCAUUCUCACAAUCCCAUCCCCUUCGACCCUCUCGUCGCCGACAUCCAGCGCCGCCGCGAGGACCGCAAGUGGGAGAAGGAGCACCUCGACCUCGACCUCGAUUUGGAUCGCCACGACUCCGCCCCCGCCGCCGAGUCCCAGCCCGAGUGGGAGGAUUUCAUGGACGCCGAGGACUACCUGAAUGACGAGGACAAGUUCAAUGUCACCAACAGGCUGGUCUUGUUGUUCCCCAAGGUUGAUGUCGACCCCGUCGAUGGCUUUAUCACCGAGCACGAGCUGACUCUCUGGAACCUCAAGCAGGCUCAGAGGGAAGUUUUGCAUAGGACUCAGAGGGAUAUGGAGCUUCAUGAUAAGAAUCGUGACGGCUUUGUUUCCUUUCAAGAGUACCGACCCCCUAGCUGGGUUCAGAAUGCAGAUAACAACUCAUUUGGCUAUGAUAUGGGCUGGUGGAAAGAAGAGCAUUUUAAUGCAUCAGAUGCAGAUGGAGAUGGUCUUCUCAAUCUAACUGAGUUCAAUGACUUCCUGCACCCCGCUGACAGCAAAAACCCAAAGCUACUUCAGUGGUUGUGCAAGGAGGAAGUAAGAGAGAGGGAUACAGACAAAGAUGGAAAGAUUAACUUCAAAGAAUUUUUCCAUGGCCUCUUUGAUUUGGUGAGGAACUAUGAUGAAGAAGAUCACAAUUCCACACAUCAGUCUGAUGAUUUGAUGGAGGCCCCGGCUAAAACUUUGUUUGCACAGCUUGACAAAGAUGGUGACGGAUACUUGUCAGAUGUUGAGUUACUUCCCAUUAUUGGAAAAAUACAUCCAUCAGAACAUUACUAUGCGAAACAACAAGCAGAUUACAUCAUAUCACAGGCAGAUACAAAUAAAGAUGGGGGCUUGUCACUGAGCGAGAUGAUUGAGAACCCAUAUGUAUUUUACAGCGCUAUUUUCAAUGAUGAUGAUGAAGAGGACUAUGGGUUCCAUGACGAGUUCCGUUAAUAUUCAACCACCAUCAGAGCCUAUUGUGCCCUAUUCUUUUAGUUGCAUAUUUCCAGACUACCUAAUUACUGCCACAAAUUGUCAAAUUGGAUAGGAUUCAAAAUCUUUGUUUUGGUUUUGAUUUUGAUUUUUUGUUUCUUUCCUAAAUAUAUGUAUAUGGAAUGAGUUAGAAUGAAAGGAGUUGAUUCUUGAAACUCAGGCAACACCAACUGGGUUUGGUGGGAUUCCAAA